AAUAAAUAAAUAUUUCAAUUAUUUGGGUAGAAACACUGAACUCUAUGAAAAUACAUGAAAAAUCAAGUUAGGGUAACUAUUAUAAAUGGCGCUCAUCCGUAAGAAGUUAUUCUUUUCAGCGAUUAUCCUCCCAAUAGAGAACACGAAACGAGAACGUAAUUGAAGUGCUGAGUUUAGCCUCCUAUUCUCCUACUUCAUGAUUGAGUCUUAUGAAUUGCGGUCAUAGAACUUAUAAACAUGGAAGGGGAAUAGGAAGACGCGACUGUGUCCAAGAAGCGAGACAACAAUAUAUAGUUCUGUCUCUUUUCAUUACUUUUCCUCGAAAUGCGCAUGCGCGGUCGGAGUGAGAUUGUGUUAUGUACAUAUAUUGUACAUUUUGGUUGUGUAUGUACGUUGAUAUAAAUCGAGUCAGGUUAUAUUAAAGUUUAGCGACAAAAUCAAGCGUCAGUUUUUGCCUGUGCUAAUUUGUGCUGUGCCUGAUAGAAAAACAAAUUAGAAAAAGAAAAAUGGGAGUGUAUUGUCUGCUGUGCGGCAAUCGAAACAAAACCGUUUCAUAUCACCGGUUUCCGAAAAAUAAGCAAGAUCGAGAAAAAUGGCUAUCCUUCUGUGGAAUCAAGGAGCAGGAUCUUAAUACCGCUACCUUCCUAUGUUCCAAUCAUUUUAAGGAAGAAGAUUUAAAGAAAAAAUUAAAUUGUUUAAUUACAAAUCCUGGAGCAAUACCAUCUAUAAAGACACAGAAAAGGAAAAAAUCAAAUACAACAGACAACAAGUGUCUGCCACCAAUAAAAAAACACAAUUUGGGUGAAGUUGUGUCCAUUGUAGAAGCUGAUGCAUCCAAUUCUCCGACAGCAGCUAAUACUAUAUUUACAUUGAUUGAAGAUUCUCCGACAGCAGCUAAUACUAGAUCUACAUUGAUUGAAGAUUCUCCGACAGCAGCUAAUACUACAUCUACAUUGAAAAAUAUAAUAUCAUAUAUCAUAUAUCAUUAUAUCAUAUCCUAUAUCACA